GAAGUUGAACUAUUUGUUCCAGAAAGUGACGUGCAUGGCAUGUGUGUAAAAACCACACUGAUAUGCGCUGACUUUGUUUUUGCUUUCAGUUAAAGCUUAGGAGCUAAAGACUAUGGAUGCAUCUACAGAUGACGACUGCCCUGUGUGUAAAGGCACUUUACAGAAUCCUUCACAGCCGGUUCCAUGCUGUAGAAAAGUGUUUUGCCAAUCAUGUUUAAGACAGGCAGUUCGAGUAAGACCCCAGUGUCCGUACUGCAGGAGCCCCAUAAAUGACCAUGCCACUCUGGCAUUGGGGCCUUUCAUACGACGGACUUACAUUCUGCAAGAUGACAUCAUUCAAACCACACGAGCUGUUGGUCCCAAUGUACAACUUCUCCUCGACCGGCUUAGAGCUGCAAGCAUGCAGCCUUCACAGAUCUGCAGCACUCCAAAUGCCAGCUUGCCCAAUCAGAAUGCUUCAAAUGCCGCUGUACAAGAUGCUGGCCGUUCUGCUUUCAGACGGCCAGUUCCCACACCAAGAGUCCAUGCUCCUGCUGGUCCAGCCACCCCAGCUCCAGUCCAAGCAAACGUCUGUCCUCCUCAGCCAGCUCUUCAGCCAGAUGAGCCUCUGUACAUAAACAUCAUUCCCACCACAACCUAUAAUUGUCCAUACUGCCAGGAAGGCGGCCUGGAUGACUUGGAUCUGCGUGAUCACUGCAAUGACAACCAUCUCAGUGACCAAAGACGAGUGGUCUGCCCUGUGUGUGUGUCACUGCCUCAUGGUAACCCAACUUACUGCAGCAGGGAUUUUAUUGGGCAUCUUAACCUCCGCCAUAGCUACUACAUUUCUGACAUAAGUAAUAUCUUCCAGAAUGACGAUGUUAACUUGCAAGAUGCCAUAAUAAGGUCAUGGCAACAACAAUAAACAACAUGUUUACCUGCAAAUUACCAUAUUAUCUUAAGAUUAUUGUAUAGAUGAGUUUAAGGUAAGGAUAUUAAGAGCAUUAAGUGAUACAAUUCUAAAACUGUGAUAUUCGACUGUUUAUACUGGGUACAGAUCACUUGACCAUACUACUGUAUAUAUGCAUUUAAUUAAGCAUAGAAAAUGUUACUACUACUACUGUAGUUAUGCUCAUUCAUUAAUUUUGCUAUAACAUUAAUUUGGACAUGGGAUGCUUUUCAGAAGAAUAGCUUUUUUUCUUCUUCUUUUUUUUGGUAAUUUGCUUAUUCCAAGCUCCCUGGCAUGUCUGGAUUUCUAUUAUAUCUUCUGUUUAUACAAAUACAGUACAUUUGCACAUUGCCCUAAUUGCACUUUUAAAAAAGCUGUUGGUAUGAGUAAGCAUUAUUUCUAACAUUUAUACUUUUUAAAUGACCUCCUCACAUGAAGUGUAUUUUUUAAAUUCUGUACAAUAAAAGAAUUUCAAAUA